CUGCAACUCCAUCCACCGGCCGCCGCAGAGGAGUAGGAGAAGGAAGACAUUGAGAAACUGGAAUUCUCAACUAGAUAGAUGGCAAAGACCGUGAAAUUGGAUGAUGACUUAGUUGCAGAGAUCAUCUCUCACCUGCCUUUCAUGCUUGCGAUUCAAUGUAAACUUAUUAGCAAGAGAUUCAACAGUUGGAUUUCGAACCCUAAAUUUUCUCAAACUUUGUUCCAACAUGAUCGAAAGGUCUGGACACUAGACUUGCCUUCUACAUCAUUUGACGUGUCCCGUGACUUGCAGAAAAUUAUUAUCCCACACAGACUUGUUCACCCGAAAGAGAUUUGUGCACUCUAUAGAGCUUUUGUUGUGGCGGUAUGCAGGGGUCUUCUUCUCCUAGUCUUUCCUGGAGUUGGGAUAUUUUGCGUGUUCAAUCCUAUAACCAGAGCCCAUCAGUUGAUACAAUACCGGGGGAACUAUAGGCUAGAGAGACUUGGUGAUGCAGGCUUAUUUGUUGAUUACCCUGCUUCAGAUCUAUAUAAAUUGGUUACCGUGGAGCCACUGGAUGAAGGAAAAGGGUAUAGUUUUCACGUAUUUUCAUCAUCUUCGAAAGAGAGAUUUAAAAGUGGCGUCAAGUCCAAUUAAGAAUGAUGCCCAGCAGCAGCAAAGAUAUACCACCACCACCACCUGAUUAUGUGCAAGAUGAUUCUUUGCAUUGGCUCAACUCUGAUAUACGUGUGCUUGCUUUUGAUGCAAAGAGAGAAGAAGCUACAUUUCUUGACCCUCCUCCUGAGUUCGUCAAUCAUAUGCUUAAUAAUAUAAAUCCAAAGGGCCGCCGCCGCAGAUUUAGGGAGAUUCUAUGCUCUACCUAUAAAAAGUUAGUGAUGGUGCAAGGAGAACUUACUCUUGUUGGCACCUACAAGGACUCAACAAAGAUUGCAGCUUAAGAUUGUGAAACAAGUAACUGGACAGUUUGCCCCACUUUGGCGAAAACCAUUUGGUCUCUACUUCCAAUCUGCAUUGACGGCAAACAGGUGCUAUUCCUAGUAGGUGGUGGAUAUCUGUACGAGUAUGAUUCUGAAACGAGAAGACUAAAAAAACCUGCAGUUUGUAAAGAAGUGGAUGGAAUUCCCAAGUCCACGUUUUCCUUUAAACCAUCGUUAGCCCCAGUUCAUGAGACACUCUCCACAGCAGUUGAUGCUAAACAUCUGCCACGCAUUACUGCAGCGUUAGAUGAGCUUGGAAGAUGUAUUACAAAAGGUAUCAAUUAAUUAGUAUCACUUCAAUUUUCUGUUUUUAUUUUCAAUGUUGCACACCAUAGACCCCCUUGUGUUUUUGCUUCUUGCUAUCUACCUAAAUAGACUAAAGGCGGCGUCUUUUUUGUGUUUCAUUAGUUCUUGCUAUCUAUCAAAGCCAACUAGGGGGGACAAAGGGAAAGGAUAAUGUGUGGUACUUUGGCUGCAUAUAUGAGGAUUUAUUUGGUGGUUAAAGGGUUAAGAAAGUACCAUGUUUCUCCUGGAAUUUUAUGGUUGUUUAGUGGGUUGUACUAGGGAACAUAGUAGGGACCAUGUUGGGUGGAUGUUGGAAGAUGAAUGGGGCUGUUUUGGUUUCCUAUUGUGACCAGAGAUUAAAAUAGAUAGAAGAGACUUUAUUUUGGAUAUCAAAAGGAAAUGAAAUAUAUUUGGAUGUUUAGGGUUGGGUUGGACGGAGUGGGGGUUGGCUAGCGGAACCCUUAGGUCAAAACGAAAGUUAUUUUGGCCUUUCGGGCUAAAGGACUUUGAAUUCUCACUAAAAUGGAUCAUAAUGU